AGCAUGGCCUCCAGUAUUCUGAGCCGCCAUCUUGCGUCCUCUCUGAGACCCAGCCUUGGGUUGUCUGCUUCAGGAUACCGCCAUCAACAAACAACAGGUAAAAGAGUUGAGGAAGUUGAGUUUGAUGGUCCUUGUAUGAAGACUGAGGUUCCAGGGCCCAGAUCUAAGAUCCUAGCACGACAACUGGAUGGGAUUCAGAGUGUGGUCCAGGUGAACUUCUUCUGUGACUAUGAGGAGAGUAAAGAUAACUACCUGGUGGAUGUGGAUGGGAACCGCAUGCUGGAUGUCUUCACCCAGAUCGCAUCCAUACCCAUAGGAUACAAUCACCCAGCACUCACAAAAGUAAUGAUGGAUCCGAAGAAUAUGGGAACGUUUGUCAACCGACCAGCUCUUGGGAUGAUGCCACCAGAGCAAUUCUCUGAGAAGCUUGUCAACAGCCUGAUGGCAGUGGCGCCCAAGGGCUUCAGCAGGGUCCAGACCAUGUCCUGCGGAUCCUGCUCCAAUGAGAACGCUUACAAAGCCAUCUUCAUCUGGUACAGAAACAAGAUGAGAGGAACUCCGGAACCAACUCCCGAGGAAGUAAGAACCAGUGUCAUCAACCAGGUUCCUGGCUGCCCUGACCUGACUCUUCUGUCCUUCAUGGGCGGAUUUCACGGAAGAACUCUGGGCUGCCUGGCCACCACUCACACCAAGGCCAUCCAGAAGCUCGACGUGCCGUCUUUUGACUGGCCCAUCGCCCCCUUCCCCCAGCUGAGGUACCCCCUGGACCAGUUCGAGAGGGAGAACGCACAGGAGGAGGCCCGUUGCCUGGAGGAGGCGGAGGACCUGAUAGUGAAGUGGAAUCAGAAGGGUCGGCACGUGGCAGGGGUGGUGAUCGAGCCAAUCCAGGCAGAGGGAGGGGAUAACCACGCCUCCUUCGACUUCUACAGGAAGCUCAGGGAAAUCACCAAGAAGCAUGGCUGUGCCUUCCUAGUGGAUGAGGUGCAGACAGGGGGCGGGUCUACGGGGAAAUUCUGGGCCCACGAGCACUGGGGAUUGGACGACCCCGCUGACAUCGUCUCCUUCAGCAAGAAGAUGUUGACAGGAGGGUACUACCAGAAAGACAGCUUUCAGCCUGACAAGCCGUUCAGGAUCUUCAACACGUGGCUUGGAGACCACACUAAGAACCUGUUGCUGACAGAGGUCAUAAAGGUCAUCAAGACAGAGAACCUGCUGGACCAGGCCAAGAGGUCAGGCAAGGUCAUGCUGGAGGGACUCUACGACCUACAGAAUAAGUACCCCCACCUGCUCAGUAGAGCGAGGGGCAUCGGGACGUUCUGUGCCAUCGAUGUUAAGGAUGAAGACACACGCAACAGCCUCAUCCUCAAGGCCAGGAAUAAGGGUGUGGUUCUAGGGGGCUGUGGAACCCAGUCUAUCCGGUUCCGACCAGCUCUAGUGUUCAAGGAACACCAUGCUCAUCUCUUCCUGGAUAUCUUUAAUGACGCUAUCGCUGAGCUCAAGUAGAGAGUCUACACAGGAAUCCAUGGAGGCCCUGCUCAAACAGACCCAUACACUGUCUGCAUUAAAGAGGUUGACUCUCCUCCAACAAAUGUAUUUAUAAAACCCUUUUAACAUCAGCAGAUGUCACAAAGUGCUUAUACAGAAACCCAGCCUAAAACUCC